UUGUGUGCCGAUGAGUUGGCUUUAAUAAACUGCGUGAUAGGGAUAUUUUAGUUUUUGUACCGGUUAAUAUUAGCGUCUGGUGCGGGUAGCAGACGACAGCGGGAGACUUCAGCGAGCAGACGACGGAGGUGGAGACUAAGCGGAAAACAGGACUUCGGACGUCAUCAAUUCUUGCGUAUCCUGUUGUAAAACAAGACAACACCACGACAGACGACCUUUGAACCAAUAUAGACAACUGAGCAGUCGAGACCCAUGUGGAAAUGGCGCUUGAAGUCGUCCAAUGGGUUUUCAUUGCAAUUCUUCUAGUUUUACCAUUGUUGUACGAAUUAAACGGCACAUUCAAAUACUAUGCGAAAAUAUUUCUUUACUAUACGAGCGUACAACUUGUCGCGGUUGCUGUUAUAUUGUGUUCUCUAUGGCGUCCAGGCGAUGUGGAAAAUUAUCGCUAUGUGGCCACUUUUGUCAAUGAGUUGAGAAAGCUGUUUGGAAUAGACAUUGAGGUGCGGGGCCGGGAGCAUCUGAAGGGAAGUGAGGCAUGUAUCAUUGUAGCCAAUCAUCAGACUUCACUUGAUUUUUUUGGAAUGAUGGCGAUCUGGCCAGAUCGCUGUGUGGCACUGGCCAAGAAGGAGCUCCGCUAUAUGUUCUCAUUCGGUCUGGCGGCUAUCCUGACUGGAACCAUCUUUAUCGAUCGCUUGAAUCGUGAAAAAGCUUUGAGUACAAUGGAGGAGACAGCAGCUGGAAUCCGCAAUAAAAAGGUAAAGGUUUUUAUAUUUCCGGAAGGAACACGCAACCAUGAUGGAGGGGUUUUACCCUUCAAGAAAGGUGCCUUUCACCUGGCUGUUCAGGCUCAGGUGCCAGUUAUUCCAGUUGUGUUUUCUUCUUACAAUGACUUCUACAAUAAGAGGGAAAAACGAUUUGAUACAGGAAAGCUGACAAUUACCUGCCUGCCCCCUGUGUCAACAGAAGGGAUGAAACAGACAGACGUUGCAGCUCUUACGGAACAUGUGAGAGAGCAAAUAUUGGAGAUAUUCAACCAGUCAUCUGCUGAAGUACGUCAGCCCAAGUUCACGAAUGGGCUACGAUAAAAAAGUUACCAGAAUAAGUCAGAUUUUUUAAUUCUUAAGGAAUUAACUUUUGCAUCUAGAAGUUACUAUCCUUUAGUUCACACUUGUUGCCCAUAUCAUUUGUUGAUAUGAUUUUGGUGCAGAUGCUUUAUGCAAACAGUGUUUCUUUUUUGCUCUGUAGAUCUUUCACAUCAGUGGAAGCACUUAGCCCAACAAACAAUGUCUGAAAUUCGUUCAAGCAGGUUUUAAGUAACCACUCACAACAAAAGACAUUAAGCUUUGACCAGAAUGCUAGUGGCAACCUUCAGCAACAAAUGAGCCCAACGGUCUUCAUGCAGAUUCAGAUUUAUAGUCCCAAUCAGCAAAAAAAUGUUUGGGUGAAACUGUAUUCAGUAAGGUUUGAUUAGUUUAGUUUAUUCCUUGUUGCUCCUUUGAGGAGCAUAGGGCUGCUAGGUUUGAUUGGUAGAAGCUUAUAUAGUUGAUGCAUUUUUAACAUUGCAUGAUUUAUAGAUAUACUUAAAGUUAAAAGGUCUUGUAUUAAUGGCAAAGGGGAAAAACACCCCCCACCCCCCCAAAAAAAAAAUUGCAUUCUUCCAGAGUCUCAUAAUCUUAUAUUUUUUCAGCCUCAUCAAAAGUUCGUUAUAUUAGAGAUAUAUUUCUACUUAAACAAACUGGGACCUUCAAGAAAGUUAAAAUAUGUAUAGAUUGCCAGUGCUUUUUAGAUUGAGAUGUGUGUGUACACACAUAUGAGGAAAAACCCUCUCUCCCUCUGUUCAAUGAACAGAAUUGGUUGCAUUUUUCUUUAUUUUUUUUUUUUCUGGUACUUGUGGUAUUUUUUAAACCUUACUUUCUUUUCAUGGUUUGGAUACACAGGUCCGCAUAUUUAUAAUUCCUUGUCUAGACGAAUGGUUGUCUGAAAGUAGUCAAGUCAUGAUGUAACUAGUACCUUAAAAACGUUGAGUUUCCAUGUCAGUUGACAUGUUUGUGCAUGCUUUGCCAAAAUAUUUUUAAAAGAUGUCUGGUAGAUCUCAUUUUAUAUGUUCAUAUGAAACCUUUAUUUUAAUGAUCUUGGAAUGUACAUGAUCAGGGAGCUUAGUUUUCCUUUGCCAAAAAAAAAAAUGCUUAGAUUUAAAGGCACCCCCCCCCCC